AUGUUGUUACUGAUAUUUUUUUAUGGUAUUGAAAUAUUUCUAAUAUUCAAUCGAAAAUUAUCUGAUAAUGAAAAUCGUAUUGAAUUUCAUAAUUCUGUUCAAGAACUUUUGAAAAAACUCAAAGCACUUUCAAUCUCUGGUAUUAAUCAAUUGAAACUGAUCAAUGAAGAGAAACAGCUUGCUGAAACAUUAACAUGUCAAUAUUAUGGUGAUAUACAACUUGAAUUCAAGCCAACAUCAUUUACAGACGCAAUCGAAUUACUCAAAAACUUACCGAAUCUUCUUGGGAAAAAUAAUAAAAAUACAAAACUAAAAAAAGUAUUGUUGUAUCCAUUGUAUUUAUUAGAUGAUUUCAUUAGUGCAAAGAAAAGAUUUCAUGUAAUUAAUGAUCAUAUUCUUAAUAAAUCUGUAGAACAUAUGACUAGUCUACAUAAAGUAGUAAUUAGUUUAAAUGACAUAAAAAUUAAUUUAUCACAUUUGAAGAUAUUCUAUCAAACUGAACAAAAACGGCCUAGCGAUACUCAUAUAAAAAUUAAUCAUUGGUUUGAUCACAAGAAUGUUACAUUAAUUCGAAAACAAAUUGCAUUAUUUAUUAAUUUUUCUGAAAUCAAUGUUAACAAAAACAAUAUUGUAUUCGUUGUCGACGAAGAAGAUAUUAAUAAAUUACAAGGUGAAAGAGGAGUAACAACUAUUCUGUAUCAAAACGGUGUUCCUAUGAAUUUUGAAAUUCCAAGUAAACCAGGAUGUCUAUAUACUACAGAUAAUUCAUGUCAUAAUACAAUGCUUAGUUGGAGAAAACCUGUGCAAGGAAGUGAAAAUAUUCAACAGUAUAUGAUUUAUGGUCAAAAUCGUCGGAAUUGUCAAUGGAAAUUAUUAUUAACAACUGUAAAUGACAUACCAUCAGCCACUAUUUCAAAUCUUGAACAAGGAAGGUAUCGAUUCAAAAUACAAGGAAUCACUGUAGCUGGUUAUACAGAGGGAAGCGAUGUCUGUGAUACAAUUGAUAUUGUCGAUCGUCUAUGUACGGAAUAUUUUCUGUCAAAUGAGCCAUUGCCAUCAGCAGAAAAAAAUUACUAUGAACAAUGUAAAGAAUAUUGUAAAUUGAAAAAGCAACCAUUAAUAUCAAUCCCAGACGAAAUUUUUGACAGUACUACUGAAUUGCAAUCAUCAUCAAUUAAACUUGGUAUUGAUGAAGACUGUCAAACAUUUGAUUUACGAGAUUUUCUAAAGAAAUUCUGCGAUAUAUUAAAUAUAGAAGUAAAUGAUAUAUCCAUUAAGAAAAGACAAGCAGGUUCCGCUAUAUUAGAAGUAACAAUCUACGGCAAAUUUAAAUCAACAGAUAAGAAACUAAGUGUAAAAAUGAUCUAUGAUAUGUUAACAGAUAAAAAACUAGAGUUACUAAAUCAAAUGAAAAUUUUCUUCUUGUAUAUGGGUCCUAUUGAAUCGCUCCGCGAAAUAUUAAAAUGUCGCGAAGAUAUUAAAUUGUAUCCAAAAUAUAACCGCAUAUAUGCUAGUGGUAAUUUUUAUUGGACUGGAGCACUUAAUGACGGAUUAGAUCGCGGAAAUCAACUGUACUAUUACCCUAUUGGCUGGCAAAGACGGUCAUUUUAUGUUACUGACAAUUUCUGCGAAAGAUUUAAAGGAUGGUGUAUCUGCUGUCAUGGAACAAAAUUCAAGCAUGGUUUAUCAAUAUUAUUAAGUGGAUUAAAACCAGCGGAAACAAAAGCGCAUGGCGAUGGAAUAUAUGCUACUCCAUCGACUAACUAUGCAUGCCAUCCAAGAUACUCAGAAGUGAAACGCAUUGAAUCAUCUUCUCGCAAACUUUUUUUUAAAUCGGGCAACUAUGUGCAAUUUGUAGUAGAGUGUCGCGUUCAUCCGAAGUAUAUUCGAAAAAUAGGUAAAGAAACUCUGGGUGCUGAGAAACCUAUAAUUGAUUCCAAUAUACCCAAUGAUAGCAUUGAAUGGGUUAUUGAUUAUCAGAAUAAAAGUAUUGUUGACUUUAAUGAUUCCAGCGCUUCGAUCGUUUGCAGCGGAUUAAUGAUACGUGUUACAGAUGAUCAUCCAGGUUUAUUACCUCAAUCACAAUCGUGGUAUGAAUCACAUAUAUGCAAUUAUCCAAAAUGUUGUGCAUUAGGAAUUGAUCUUGAGCAUCUUUGA